CUCCUGUUCACCUCCCGAUCCAUCGGGUCCAAAAUAAUUUUCUUGAUCGCAUAAAAACGCUUGUCCAGACGGUUCCGCACUUUCACCACCUGGCCGCUUCCACCUCGGCCCAGCACUCCUAUCU